AUGGCGAUGAGUAAAGCUAAAUACCUACCCGAAGAACUCAUCAUUGACAUUUUCUAUAGGCUCCCUGUAAAGUCCAUUGGGCGGUCGAUUGAUAGGGAAAAUGUUCAAUUUUUGAUCAACCCAACUACCUUAGAAUACCAUAAAUUUCCUGUUUUUGAUUGGGCUCUUCCUCCGAAAACUAGCUGUUACAUGUAUGGUUUAGGGUAUGAUAUUGUUAGUGAUGAUUAUAAGGUGGUUUCUCUUUCUUAUCGUGAUACGAAUAAUGAAUUUAUGUCUAAUACUUGUGUGGAUUUGUACUCUGUGAGAAAGAGUCAUUGGGAGACACUUGGGAUUUCUCCUUAUGAUCAUUCACUCACUGACCGUGCUUCUGGGGUUUUGGUACCAGGACCUAUUGAUCUUCAGGAUAAUUGCUUUAUGUGUAAUCUUGCUACUCUUAAAGGGUGUCUUUGUAUAUCUACCAGUUUACCCCGAGACAUAAACACAGUUACAUUUUGGAUCAUGAAAGAGUAUAGGGUUAAGGAGUCUUGGACCAAAUUUAAGAUUAUAGAACCGAGUUUGGAUGAUUCUCUUAGUACGCUACUGUGUUCCAUUACUGAUGAUGAUGAUGUUUUAUUGGAUGUCGACGAAGAAUGGGUUAUCUACAAUCUGAAGGAGAAUCGGCGUAAGGAUCUGUUGAUUGAUGUAAAUCCUAUUACGCAUGAAGCUCGAACUUUUGUUGAUAGCCUUGUCUCUCCUUACUUUGGCAACGAAACUGAGGGUUCAUGUAUUGUGUGA